AUCUGACUAGCCUGUUUCAAAGGUGAAUGCCAAUGUGGUUUUUUUGUUUUGUUUUUUUGUUUGUUUGUUUUUUUUUUAGAUCGAUGGUCUGGUCUCGAUAACCUACGAAGGCCUCUCAAACUGAAUCUAAAUUUAUUUACGUAGUGCACCUUUAAUCAACCACACACACAGCCCUGCAGCCACAGUUCAGGAAAUACAAUUAAAAACCAACACAGUCGUACCAUCCAAUGCAACACUCUAAUUAUGUCAGUUACUCAAGUGUCAGUUACAUCAACGCAGCCACCAAUGCCGCAGCAAUGUCUGUAUGCAGGAAGGUAGUCACAUUAAUGUUUUUUUUUUUCACACGCCGACAAUAGAGGAAAAGAUCGCGUUAGGAGCCACAGAAUAACAAGAAGCAGAGAAGAAAGACGGCAGGACUGACAGUUACUCUCUGAUCGUAAGGGCAGCAUAUUUGGAUUUGUAAAUCUGACCUGGACUCUCGGCCACAGUUGAAGGCCUCUGCUGAUUGUCUCCUCUACUUUAUCUACCAUGGAGGCCCUUCCUACACGUAAAGAACAAGAUGACAAUUUCUCACAAGCGGAGAAUGAAUUUGUUAAUAGAGGAGCACGCCGUAAAAGGAAGUUCAUACCUGAGGAGAAUAAGGAUGCUACGUACUGGGAGAAACGGCGUAAGAACAACGAGGCGGCCAAACGGUCACGGGAGAAGAGAAGGAUGAGCGACUAUGUACUGGAGACUCACUUCAUGGCUCUGAAGGAAGAAAACGCCAGGCUCAUGGCCGAGUUAACGUUCUUCAGACUCCACUUUGGCCAACUCCACCCCACAGCUGCACUCGGCCCUUACACACGAAGCCACGGCGGCAGCCAGCACCACUCCCUGCAGAGGAACUACUGCUGGACUGGCAGAGAUUCGUCACUGAUGCCAGGCCAACAACUGUCUCCUCCAUUGUAUGUUCCUACAUUUGCCUCCAGCAGCCUGAGAGGAUACCCACAAUUCCAUACGUACGGUGGAACCAGGCCUGGUGUCUUCACUCCCCUCGUUCUCACUCGAAAUCCCCUGACCACCUGUCCCUCCCAUGUACAAGGGGGCUUACAGCACCCUCCAAAAGCCCUGUCAGAUGAGGAGGACGAGGAACAGCAGGUGCCAGGGAUGCUGCCCUCGUCCUCCUCCACUCAACCUUUCCAAAUCACCUACAAAUAGAGCGGCCCCUAAACCGGAACACCAAACUUUCACAGCAUCUCCAAUUCCAACUAUUGAGAUUGUCCAGAAAGAAACUGUGCAGAGAAAAAGAAUUGGGACAAAAGAUAAAAUAUAUAAAUAUACAUAAAAAAAGCAACACCGUUGUAUAACAAAGGUUUCACCGAGAGUUUCAUCUGAUAAACAAUGAUUUCCUGUACAUCUUGUAGGUUGUUCUACUAAUCUGAGUAUUUGUCCUUGCUUUGUGUGUUUAAUAAAGAAAACGAUUCACACCGUCCAUUUUUUUAAAACUCAAGCAUUCAUUUAACUUUGCUUUUAUAUUCUAUAAAACUGAUAGCUUUCAAAGCUAAUUAAUUUUAAUCAAUUUACUAAUUGUUCAAAAUUAUAAAAAGCCUUCCAGAUCAAAAUAAUACAUAUGAGACAACAUAAAGUUAAUAAUAUACAACAUCCUAAAGAAGGGAAUUAAUCAUUUUUAAAACAUAGAUCCAGCUGUCAUGCUGUGGAUAUUCAACUGGUGAGGUUUAUCUCAAAAUAUAAGAACAAGUGCUGAGCAACAUGCACAAAUUCCUCAGGGACAAGCUUUUUUGUGUACUCUAUGUAUGGAUGUGAUAGAGAAUCAGGCAAAAAAAACAAACAAUAAAAAAACAAUAAUAAUAUAAAACAGAAACCUAGGUUUAGCCAAUUAGUAACACAGUGCCUUUGUUUUCUUCACACUCUUUUGCCAAGAUACUUAUUGGCUAUGGCUGAACAUCACGGGCCUUGUGGUUGGAAAGUGUCACAUCCACCAAGUGUAGGACGCUCUGACGGUCCGUCACUGGUGACAAUCAAACAGCAGCACUAAAGGUGAAGAGAGCCAAAAAUGGACUUCAAAGUGUUGUUUCAUUUACUGGGCAGACAGUGGGGGUAAACCACCAGGACCAGCAGGAGAGCUGGUGCCAUUUGUUAUUUUAAGCUGUGGAAGUGUGUGACCAUGAGAAACAAUAUACAUUUUAUAAAUAGCUAGGUUUCUUCCAUUUAAAAAAAAGUCCUUUCACUGUGAAUACUUACUGUCAAAGAUGAGAGUACUGUGUUCUGUGAGGUCAGAUCUUCAGAGUUUAAUCCAGAGAAACCACUAGUUUCACUGGACAUUUGUUCCGGAACAUUUACCCGUGCCAGGAUGUUUCCUCUACAUUAACUUUCCAUUGUUUUUAUGUUGUUACAGUUUUGUGGGCAACCAGCAGAAACCUACUUUUUUUAGAAUAGGAAGGCCUUUCAUUGUUGGCGUGUAUACGGUAGUAUUGAGAAUCAGUACAAUGAAGAUAAACUAUAUAUAAAAUCAUAAAGUUGUAAGUUUACCAGAAAAAAAAUCAUGACAGGAAAAACUGGGCAACAGACCUGAUAA